CUGGGCGCCUGGCUGCCCCGGGCUCCCCAAGAUGCUGUUCUGGCACACGCAGCCCGAGCACUACAACCAGCACUCCACCGGCAGCUACCUGCGUGAUGUCCUUGCACUGCCGAUCUUCAAACAGGAGGAGCCCCAGCUGUCUCCUGAGAGUGACACCAAACUGCCUCCAUUUCAGUAUGUUCUCUGCACAGCCACAUCCCCUGCUGUAAAGCUGCAUGAAGAAACCCUUACCUAUCUCAACCAAGGUCAGUCUUAUGAAAUCCGUCUACUUGAGAAUAGGAAAUUGGGAGAGUUUCAAGAUUUAAACACAAAAUAUGUAAAGAGCAUCCUUCGGGUGGUUUUCCAUGAUCGGCGUCUGCAAUACACAGAACACCAGCAGCUGGAGGGCUGGAGAUGGAGUCGGCCUGGGGACCGCAUCCUUGAUAUAGAUAUCCCACUGUCAGUCGGUAUCUUGGAUCCCAGGACCAGCCCGACCCAGCUAAACACUGUUGAAUUUCUGUGGGAUCCAUCCAAAAGAGCAUCUGCAUUCAUUCAGGUACAUUGUAUCAGCACAGAAUUUACACCAAGGAAACAUGGUGGAGAGAAAGGGGUGCCCUUCAGGAUACAAAUCGACACAUUUAAACAGAAUGAGAAUGGCGAAUAUACCGAACACUUGCAUUCUGCAAGCUGCCAGAUCAAAGUGUUCAAGCCUAAGGGAGCUGACAGAAAGCAGAAAACGGACAGAGAGAAAAUGGAGAAGAAGACUGCCCAAGAGAAGGAGAAAUACCAGCCCUCCUAUGAUACGACCAUUCUCACAGAGUGUUCUCCAUGGCCAGAUUUGCCUUAUCAAGUGAACAAUGCUCCGUCUCCAAGCUACAACAGUUCUCCAAACAGCUUCAGCCUUGGAGAUGGCAACAGUUCUCCAACCCACCAAGUGGAGCUCCUGCCUCCCAGCAACGAUCACCUCCUUCCCUCUGCUUCCAUUCAAGAUGUCCAGCAGUGGCUUCAUCAUAAUAGGUUUUCUCCAUUCUGUAGACUCUUCUCAAGUUUCUCGGGUGCUGACUUACUGAAGAUGUCCAAAGAAGAUUUUGUUCAGAUCUGUGGGCCUGCUGAUGGAAUUCGGCUCUUCAAUGCAAUCAAAGGAAGAAACGUAAGGCCUAAAAUGACAAUUUAUGUCUGUCAAGAACCAGAGCAGAACAGGUCUCAUCUGCACCAAAAACGAGAGAAUGGAGAUGGUAAUCUGUGUGUAUAUCAUGCAGUCUUCUUGGAAGAGCUGACAACCCUGGAAUUAAUUGAGAAGAUUGCAAACUUGUAUAGCAUUUCCCCACAGCAGAUAAAUCGGAUCUAUCGACAAGGACCUACAGGGAUCCAUGUAUUAGUGAGCAAUGAGAUGGUGCAAAACUUCCAGGAUGAGUCUUGUUUUGUUAUCAGCACAUUAAAAGCUGAAAGCAAUGAUGGCUACCACAUCAUUUUAAAAUGACCACUCGGCCUAGCAGGACUGUAACAGCCUAAAACUACAAUGCCUCACCAAGAUUGCUGCAACCCAGACUGGAAGCAUGAAGAUCCAUUUGGAUAAAGCGCUCCCAUGAACUGCAAAAUACCAAAGGUCUUAAGGAAAAAGAAACUUUUGUAGACAAGUGGUUUUCUGAGAAUGGAGAUGACAAUAUCUUCAGAGUCUGUAUUUUUCUACCCCUUCUCUCCUAUUUAGGCUUUUAAGUUGUUGAGGGUCCUGCUUUAUUGCUCAGAUACAUCUGCCUUUUUCUAAAGGGAAAUGCAAAAUGAAAAGCAAUUCUCAUGGCUGGAACUGGUUUAUCUACAGUGUCUUCUGAGUACUCUUUCAUUCAGCACCAGUCUCAUCUCAGAUGCAAGCUCUUAUUCUCUUUCUAGGCAGAGGACUAUGGGUGGGAUCCACAAACGGGUGUAGGUGUAACAACAUUGAGGGUCAUAGUGCCUAGAAAAUCCCCGGAACAACGCCAGAAGCCACAAAGCCAAUUUAGGCACCUCGGCUCCCUGUACAAUGAAUGGGGCGAGAUAAGCACCUUUGACUGUGAUCCACAAAGUCAACAUGCUGCAUGGAGGCACCUAUCUUGGCUAGUGAUCCACAAACUGGAGGAACACAGGUGCUUGGCUGCUCCUGUGGGACCCAAAACAUAACAGCUGGGGUGGGGGGAGAGGAAGGGGAGGAAGACCUCCCUUAUCGUUAGCUUGGUGGAUAGGGUACUCUCACAGGAUGUGGGAGAUACUCAGGGCAAGUGUGCCGCCGCCUCCGCAUCCUGAGGAGUAGAGAAGUGGAAGAUCCCUGUUCGAGAUUCUCUCAGGUGAGGUCCCUAUCCACCAGGCUAUGGAAAAUCCUGAGGUGGUGUUCCUUCAGUUUCUCCUGUUGAAGUUGUUCCAUUGUUUGUUUAAAGUGGAAUCUUUAGAUGCCUAAGUCUGCGUUCUGGCCCAAUUAAUAUUUAAGUAUCUGCAUGCAUCCCAUCUUGUGUUCCUAUAACCAGUCAGUCAUGGCUGUUUGUGAUUCACACUGCAUUGUUCCAUCUGUCCUCUUAAACAACCAACCAACACGUUCCUCUCCAUCUCAGUGCUCCUGGUGAGCCUUUUGUCCUGCUGCCUUCCCAGUCAAUUUGACAACACAGCAGAUACUGGGCUAAUUUCCAUUUUUGGUACCCUGCUAAGCUUUCUCUAGACCUCUUCUCCAUCUGUCCCCUCUUUUUUCACUCAGCUGUAUGACCUGCUUUCAAAAUAAAUAUAUGUAAUUUUUGGUAGCUACAUCUGUUCCACUGUUGCUAUUAGAGGUGAAUGUGUAUUGUUCCAUUUUAGCAUGCUGCCCAGAAGGACUUCACAUGGAUGGAAAUAUACGCACAUACAAUCCAAUGAUUUUUUUUUUUUGGAGGAUACAAACAAGGACAAAUCAACUUGAGGCAAAUGGUUCACACCAUGUUAUAUUUUUUUAGCUUAGAAUAGCUUCAGUCAAGUGCAUUGUUUUUUGAGAAAGUGCUUUUGAAGUGGUAGACUGACUUUAAAGCUCUUGACAACUUAACUCUGUAUUUAUUCCAUUCAACAAAAGCUUUUGGUAACUGAUACUUGCUGUAAGCAUUAGGAUUUAGUUGUGGUAGCUUCUGUUUUCUACAUAAGCUAUCUGCUGUAGCAAAUGCAAUCAAGUAUCUGGGUAGCCGUGUUAGUUUAUGCAAUCAGUUUAUUUGAAUCUAAGAUCAGGUAAGGGGGCAUUCAGAAUACGUGCUCCUCACAGACAUCUGCUGUGUCAUUCUUGCUUCCUGUUGGCAUACCUGUAUCUACCAGUCUCCUUUUCAUCUUUAUGGGCCUGAUCUGGCUCCCAUUGAUUUCAGUUGAAGCUGGAUCAGGUCCUUGUUGCAUUUCACUCUUUUUGGUGGCUAAUUAGGAAGGCUGAUUGAAAAUGAGAAUUUCUUUCCUGUGGGCAAUUGAGACUUUGCCAUUUGUUUUUCUGCCCAGAGUUGGUCUGAACAGUUGAAAUGCAAAACGUUUCACAGAACGAAAAGUUUCGAAAAACAGCCGUUUUGGAAAUGUUGAAACAAAUGUUUCAAAUUGGAAGUGUCAAAACAUUGUCAAAAUGAGUUGUAGUUCAAGUGCCUCCUGCUCCACUUCUCCCCUGUGGGCUGGACUCCAGUUCCCAUGAUGCAUUGUGUAGUAGCUUAGCCAGUAGGGGUGGAGUGGGAGGUGUGCGUGGUGGCAUAGUGCAUUAUGGAAGAUGUAAUGUGGACUGGAGUCCAGCCCACAGAGGAAAAUGGGGACGCAGGGCACUCUAGCAAAUUGAUUGAUUAAUUUCUAAUGGACACACAACAAUUAUGAUUUUUUUCAAAUAAAUAAAAUGGGGGUGGGGGUGGGAAAUCAACAUUUUCCAAUGGAAGGGUUUAACAGAAACUGCCUCUUCGUGCCCCCGCUCAGGCCCCCCACCCUCCCCCAGGAACAGUUACUACAGAUAUUUCCCAGCCCCCUCUGCUAAUUAACAUUUCAAAUACAGGCCUCGCUCUUGCCCAAUUGGCUGCUUUGUAUGCUGUACCAGCUGAAACUUUGUGCAGAAAGGUGGCCAAAACUCUGGUUGAAUGAAUUUUAUUCAAAUUGCAGCAGGGCACUUUGCUUGUGCCCCUUGUUUCCUGGGUGCGAGAUCUGAGCCACGUAGUUCUAUCAGUCUGAGUGCUCCACUCCUUUAUAUGGACCCCUUGAUUAAGAUGAAGUGUGAAGCUGAGGCAGUGCCACAGAACUUCUCUGGGCACAAGUCAGGGGGCUGGAAUGUCUUUGAUUUUGAAAUGAAAAACACUCUUUCCUGGAGGGGGCAAGGGAUGGAAAAUUCCUUCUAUAAGAGCUCCGCUGUGUAGCCAGGAGGCUACUGCUGCCUACUAGCUGCAGUGGGGCCAAACUGGGGAGAGCAUAGGUAAGACAUUCAUUUGCAUGCUGAGGGUCAUCCUAAGCUCAGCUCUCAUAGAGACAAUCAUUCUCUGUGCCGUGCACUUGAGACUUUCUCCUGCUCGAUAAGGGGGUUUAGGAACUUCUUAGAACUAAAGUCGGGUCUUGCUGGGAUGUGGGAUCCUAAGCUGUAGUUAAAAGUAGAUAUGACUUCAGCUAAGAAUCUGGAGUUAAGGGGUUAGAACCUACUCCUCUAUCUCAUCAGAAAGAACCUGAGAAUACUUUACAAUCAGAUUCUUCUGGGACUUGCAAAAUCCUUUGCAUUACAGUGUGUGAAUGUUUGGAAAUGAGUGGAGGUGGGAGGAAAUGUGUGGUGUUCGGCUAGCGUUGCCAGAAAAGAAAUCCAACUUAAAAGGCCCAGAGGUGCCUUGAAAAUGUCAGCCAAAAUGUUCAUGAGCCACUGAAGCUUUAGACUUGUAAGUUCUGCUCUUCUGUAUGUGCUUAAUGUUAUGCACGGACUUCAGUGGCACUACUUCACAGCAUCAGGGCCUGUUUUUGAAACUACUGUAUUUAACUACCAGUUUAGGCACCUGGCAAUUUAAUACUGCCCUACAUCCUAAGACAUUAAAUGCAUAAAUAACAAUGUCGAGUGACAAAGUCCUGUAGCACCUUAUAGACUAACAGACGUAUUGGAGCAUAAGCUUUCGUGGGUGAAUACCCACUUCGUCAGACGCAUGUGACGUCUAUAAGGUGCCACAGGAGUUCUUGUCACUUUUUACAGAUCCAGACUAAGACGGCUACCCCUCUGAUACAUGAAUGUCAAGAGUCUAACUGGGACCAAGAAAUUUAGAGUUGACGUUUCUUGUUCUGUUCUUAACUUACAUGUAGCUUCCCUAGUUUUAAAGCACAUACUCUGUGUGUUGCAUUGUUAGUUUCCUAUUGAUGAGUGGUGCACAACUUCCACUAAUCAUGGAGGUGUCAGGUAGCGAUUCCAUACUUCAGGCUGUGUUCUAAAAUGAGAAAAAUAUUCUAGUUUUUAUCUAAGUGUAGGUAGCUAAUUGGUGUGAAGUUUCACACUGGGUUAAUUUUUAUUCUCUUUGAAGUUCCCAUAUGGUUUCUCUUAAUAAUUCUAAAUUUAAAAUUUGGGCUUUGCCUGAAUUUUUUCCUUUGCCGUCCUAUUUUAUAUUGUAGAACAAUAUCUCCUGAAAAUGUUGCGUACCUCCCUGAAAAUAGUUGAGCAAAUCUGAAUAGUUUUGUUUUUUUAAAAUUACUAAUUGGACUUCUCAUUUUCAGAAGAAAUCCUACUGUCCUAAAGCUCUGGGACCACAGCAGUGCUUAAAUACAACACUCUGAGCAGGAGAUGGAGAGGCCAUAGUUCUGAAUUUUCUGGAAAAUUUCACUCGUGUUUUUAGAGGGAUCAUUUAUAAAAACUAAAUGUAAUGCAGAUUGGUUUAUUACUCUGGUUUAUUUUAAAAAACAAUUUCCCCAUAAGUGUAGGAGAUACGGUUACCAAGUAGUAAGAAAUUCUGGUCAACUCUGCCCUCAUCCUAGUUAGAGGUAUGAUUAUUAUUUUUUAAAGCUGAAAUACAUAUAUGGGUAUUACCCCAAUGUGGAUGCAGUUAUACCAGUAUAAAGGUGCCAUACACCAUUUUAGCUUUGUUCCUUUCUCAUACAGGAAUAAGCUAUACUGGCAUAAGCACUCUUAAACCAGUACAAUACUAGGGAGGAGUAUAUUGCUUUAAUUGUACUCAUAUAGUUAGUGAUAAAACUUUUUAUGUAUAGAAAUGCCCUAACUUGUGAAGGAAUAAUUAUAGUUCUACUGGGAUUACACUGACUCAAUGGGACGCUUGGGAGACUGCAUUUGUGCAAUGAAAACCUAUCUGUACAAAUCUGUGGAGGUGCAUCCUGGCUAUAACGGUGCAUUUUAAGAACUUCCUGCUGCCCAAUUUCAGGGCUACUCGGUUUUUUUCGAACACCUACAUAGGCAGGUUAUUUAAUAUAAUAUGUCCUAAAGGCCAUAUGGGAGUUUGCAUUGACUAAAAAGAUCAUGCUGCAUAAUCCGCAGACUGUGCUGUGAUGGAUGCAUAGACUAAAAAUCCUUAUCAAUACACUGCCAGUGCAUAUAGGGACACUGGUCAGAGCAAUAUCUUUGGGUCAAAUCUAGGCGCAUGAUACAGGCAAACCUCCCACUGCAGUUGCCUGAGUAAAGACUGAGCAAAGACUUCAGAUUUUGUCCUCUUGGCUGUUCUGUAUGUGUGCUAAAUGUCUAAAGGAAGAAAUCUCCACUAUGCUCAAAUUACUUUGGAAUAACCUAGUUUUAAUUUAUAGCAGAUUUGGAAUCUAUAGAAGUGCCUUAAUGUCUGAAACCUGUUACGAGUUUGCCCUCUCUGUUGUGCUUUUAAACCCGAACCAAAGCUCUGCUUCACUCCCUCAGGAGAAUGAGAUUUCUGUACUAUGCCUCUCUUCAGCUUUUCGUCCAGUAGAACUUAGAUUCCUGGAGGGUGUAAUGAAAACACACACUGUAUCCUGAAUGGUUGUGGGAUCUGCAACAGUCACAAUGCAAUUUCUGGCUCAGAGCAGGAUAGACGGGUGUGAAUGAAAGCAAUUUGACACCUCCCAGUGUGUUAAGAGGCACGAACGUAUUCCCAAAACAGAGCCACAGCAACAGCUGAAAUUAUUUAAUAAAUCACCUUAUCAACAGGAAUACAGGAGUAAGUGUGCUGGGACAAUUAGUGCCUAAUUGGUGGUGGUUAGAGAAGUCUGAAAAGCACCUAAAUAUGCAUCUAUUUAGCUUCUGGAGGAAAAGGUACAAAUGUAUUGAUUUGAAUGAGUACCGUCAUCUUAAAAUGAGACAGUUGCUGUUAGUCAAAAUGUAAACUCCACUUGCUGCCCCAGGUACCUACUCCUUGUUAUGUUAAUUGGCCAGAAUUUAAACAGUCUGGGAUGUCUCCUGAUGCUUUUCAGACUUAGCUCUAGUUGUACUGAGUGGGAUCUAACUGGAUAUAAAAUCUCAUGUUAAACACAUUGACAAAUAUCUAUGGUUGUUUUUUUUUUAAAUCUAUGGAGGGCAAUUUCCUAAUCAUGUAAUAAUGUAAACUGUACUGUGUAUAUUGACAUGUAUAUGAGCUAGGUAUUUGCUGUGUCCUUUGGCUUUAGUUGGCAUUCUGCUUUGUUUAAUUUCUAUUCACUAUAAUGAACUUUGGUUGAUCAAGCUUAGAGGCCCAACUGAUCUCACUGAGUAGACAUUUAAAAGUGUGUAAUCAUUGCUGUGGUUUGAAUUAAGCUUGGUACGCUUGAAAUUUGUUGCGUUUCUAUGGUAUAAACACAGUGCCUUGGUAAAGACAACCAUAUUUUUACACUAAUGCUGUUACUCUAUUGUAGCUUCUGGAAGACUGAGUUAAAGGCAGUUUAAAAAAUAAAUAAAUUGGGCAAAGCUUUGAAAUAAAAGCCAUUCCCUGAGCAGAACAACCACACAGCAACUAUGGUAGCUUGGUGAUGUAUUGCUUAAAUGUUUUGUUGCAAUUCCAACAAUCCUUCAAAGGAUGACAGUGCUAGGGGUUUAAUUUGACUGUACUUUCAAAGAAAUGCUUGCUCAGAUUGUAAUUAUUUUCUUCCUCCUUCAGCUAUGAAAUGGUUAACUUUCUGUGUAAUAAGCCAAUACUCAUUAAUACUUUGCUUAGGUUAUGAUAUUCUGUUUGACAGCACAAUGUACUCCGAAUGGGGCAAAAGUUGUCUGCUGGGAUUGGCAUCUUUUACAUGGAUACAUAUUAAAAGGCAGACUUGGCGUAUAUAUUUUAAUACACCCGUCUGUUUAAAAAUGGGUUAAGAUGGUGCCUAAUUUUCUGUGCAUUUCAGAUUUGUACCUUUUUUUGGUAAUUCCCUAAAAUUUUUUCAGCUCUUCCCACUCCACCCCCCAAAGAUUUUUCCAUUAUUUUUAAUGGCUUGUAUUUCUCUAAAUUUAAAGUAAUCCUUUAUUUUCCCAGUUUGAUUGGGGUAGGUGUUUUUCUUUCCAAGGGCUUUUGGAAUCCCUUCUCUUCACUGACAAUGCAGUCAUUGACCAGUAAGCCUAUGUGAUUAGCAAAGGGCGAAUGGAGGUGGGUAGAAUGGAGGCUGAGACGUACCAGUUGUGAGUAAUACUGCCACACUUCUUGGUUUUUUUGUACGUGAAAUAAAAAGCAUAUUUUGCACUGGCUAUUGUACUGUUGUGCAGAAGAAAAGAAAUCUGUAUCUAGAAUCUGUGCUCCAGUCAAAAUGCAAAUAAACUUGUUUGU